AUGGGUGUCCAGAAGAAGACGCGCAAGUUUGCGCAGGUGAAGCGGGUUAUCGGCCAACGCGAUGCCAGACUCAAGAAGAACCAAAUGGCGGGUGAAAUAGAAGCAAAGAAGAAGGAGCAGGAAUCCCAGGCAAAGCGAGAAAUCCCCCAAGUCUCCUCAGCCCUCUUCUUCCAAGCCAACACCGCCCUCGGGCCCCCCUACUCCGUCCUCGUCGACACCAAUUUCCUCUCGCACACGGUCCAUGGCAAACUCGAGCUCGACAAAGCCCUCAUGGACCUGCUGUACGCAAAAGCCACGCCCAUAAUCACUACCUGCGUCAUGGCCGAGCUGGAGAAACUCGGCCCCAAGUACCGCAUCGCCUUGCGCAUUGCGCGCGACGAGCGCUGGGAGCGCCUCAAGUGCGACCACAAGGGCACGUAUGCGGAUGACUGCAUUGUGGACCGCGUUAUGAAGCAUAGAAUUUAUCUGGUGGCUACGAAUGAUAGGGACUUGAAGAGGAGGAUUCGCAAGAUUCCUGGUGUGCCGAUUGUUAGUGUGGCUAAGGGCAAGUAUGUUAUUGAGAGGCUGCCCGAUGCGCCGGAUAGUCAUUAAUCGUGUGUGGUCUUGGUUCAUGCAUAGCGCGGGCGUCCUUUGUUUUUGGAAUGGAGUGGGCUGUUAAAAAGACUACAUCUAGGGGUGGAGUUUCUUCUAGAUUUCCUGAUGUUGGUUUGCAAUUCGGUAGUUAUCUACCAGUUAUGCGUUUAUGGGAACAAUCUGGACUAAGAUCAUGCAACGCAGUGUUGUUCACACGUGUUGAUGUUCGACCUUCUUCUCACAGAGUUUCUACAAGACAAGACGACAGCACAAGUGUGUCCAGCGCAACACGCCUCCUCUGCAAUUCACACGCAAACCCUUAGAGAAAACACCACGCUGCAGAUACAAACACAGCUUAACGCUAUUGAAACUUGACU